UGCUGCCUGCCUGUGCAGCAGCUGAAGAACCGUGGAUUUCAUAUUACAGACUAAAACCCCAGUAAAACUGCUCAAAAAAAAAAAAAAUCCUUCCUGCAGCUGCCAGGCAACGACGACGGAAGAGAGGCAAAGCCUUUUUUUUUCCCCAAUGCAACUGAAACACAAAACCCCAGCUCUGCUGCUUUACAUUGCAGCUCAGCACUACUACUAGAAAUAUGGAUACUGAGAAGAGAAUACAGCACCGCAUUGUCCAGCCGGAGAAUACAGCAGAUGUAAAGAGCGUCAAUGCAUCAACUGUCGGAAAGAGUCAACAGUGCACCAAAUAGAACGGACAACUACAGCCCUUUUGUUUAAGGAGAGAAAAUGAAACACAGGGAAAAUCUCUGAAGACUAGGGCACAUAUGAACAAGAAGGGUAACUUGAAGACACGCCGACAGAUGGACACUUUGGAUACUGUGAAAAGCAAUCACAGGAGGCAGACUGUUGGGGGAUGUGCGCAUGUUCGAUAGCAUCGUUUUGGGGGGUUUUUGUUGUUUUUUUUUCCUUUGGCUGAAGUGAUGGCGUGCCAAAAGUAUUUUCAGUGGGCAUAAUCCUCUCCACCUAAAUGGCCUGACCAAGAAAGAAAGAAUGACUUCAAGGGACACACAACUAAACCAGAAAAUGAUGACCAAAGAACAGGACUGAUUCAGGAAGAAAAAAAAAAAACAAACCUAAGAGUAUUUCCGGCCUCAUACAUCUUACUGGAUAUUUCCAACAUGUUUCAGUGGAGGAGAAGACACUGCUGCUUUGCAAAGAUGACCUGGAAUGCUAAAAGGUCUCUGUUCCGGACCCACCUUAUGGGUGUACUUUCCCUAGUGUUUCUUUUUGCUAUGUUUUUGUUUUUCAACCAUCAUGACUGGCUACCAGGUAGAGCUGGAUUCAAAGAAAACCCUGUGACGUACACUUUCCGAGGAUUUCGUUCUACAAAAAGUGAGACAAAUCACAGCUCUCUUCGGAACAUAUGGAAAGAAACAGUUCCUCAGACUCUGAGGCCUCAGACAUCAACUAACUCCAAUAACACAGAUCUAUCACCACAAGGAGUUACAGGACUAGAGAACACACUCAGUGCCAAUGGAAGUAAUUAUAAUGAAAAGGGUACUGGACAUCCAAACUCUUAUCAUUUCAAAUAUAUUAUCAAUGAGCCUGAAAAAUGCCAAGAGAAAAGUCCAUUUUUAAUAUUAUUAAUAGCUGCAGAACCUGGACAAAUAGAAGCAAGAAGAGCUAUCCGGCAAACGUGGGGCAAUGAAAGUUUGGCACCUGGCAUCCAAAUCACACGGAUUUUUUUGUUGGGCAUAAGUAUUAAGCAAAAUGGCUACCUUCAACAUGCAAUUCUAGAAGAAAGCAGACAAUAUCAUGAUAUAAUUCAACAGGAAUACUUAGAUACAUACUAUAAUCUGACGAUUAAAACACUAAUGGGUAUGAACUGGGUUGCAACAUACUGUCCACAUAUUCCAUAUGUUAUGAAAACAGACAGUGACAUGUUUGUCAACACUGAGUAUUUAAUACACAAGUUACUAAAGCCAGAACUGCCUCCUAGACAUAACUACUUUACUGGGUAUCUAAUGAGAGGAUACGCACCUAACAGAAACAAAGACAGCAAGUGGUACAUGCCACCAGACCUUUAUCCAAGUGAGCGUUACCCUGUAUUCUGUUCAGGAACUGGUUAUGUUUUUUCUGGGGAUCUAGCAGAAAAGAUAUUUAAGGUUUCUUUAGGCAUCCGUCGUUUGCACUUGGAAGAUGUGUAUGUAGGGAUCUGUCUUGCCAAGUUGAGAAUUGAUCCUGUGCCCCCUCCCAAUGAGUUCGUGUUCAAUCACUGGCGAGUUUCUUACUCAAGCUGUAAAUACAGCCACCUAAUUACCUCUCAUCAGUUCCAGCCUAGUGAACUGAUAAAAUACUGGAACCAUUUACAACAAAAUAAGCACAACGCCUGUGCCAACGCAGCAAAGGAAAAAGCAGGCAGGUAUCGGCACCGUAAACUACACUAAAAGACUAUUUUUGUUCAAGUGUGCAAUUUGUAAAUAUUGCUUAAAGCAUGUAUAGUUAAAAACUUGAUACAUACAUAGAACAAGUUUUAGUUCAGCUCAUCAUGUAAGGGAAUUCAAAACUAUAUUUUUAAUUUCUGAAGAAGCUAAUUCAUAAAAUUACAACAAUAUGACAAAAAGAUAUCCCAAAAGAGUCUACUUUUAAAAAAAACUGUAUAAAGAAAAGGAUUCUCUGUAUUAACAUGCAAUAAGCAUGAAUACAUAAAGGGUUCAAGUCUUAUAUUAGGGAUCAAUACAGUGUAUCUGCAUACAUUAAAUCAUAAUUUAAGAAAUGAAGAUAGUCAAAAGAUUCCUAGGUUUACUUUGAAUUUCAUCAUAUAAUCUAAUGUACAAGGGAACUUUGUAACUGUGCAAAGAACACAUUUUCUGACCUGACUUUAGAGUUCUAACUUUAUACCACACACAAUAAGACUUAGUUAAGUUAUGCCAUAAACUCAGUUAUAUUCAGGCAUUUGAGCAAUGCAAUUCUCAUUCAAGUAUUUACUUUUAAAAAUAAAUGAUAAGUGUUUUAUAAUUUCUUUUAUUAAUUCUCAUAUAUACUGGGGAAAUUAUUUUGACAUGUGAUAAAUGUGAAAAAAUAAUGUGUCUCAGGCUCAAGUUUUUAAAAUGAAUUAUUAAAGGUUUCAAAAUAGAUAAAUUUUGUUUGCUCAUUAGUAUUAAGGGCCAACCCAGUAUUUCAAUGAAUUUUGCAUUUAGACAAAAUAUUGCACUCAUGGAGAAUGCUUAACUACAAAUAUACCUUACGUCACGUAUGUCUGUGAAAUAAAAUCAUGUUCCUCUAAGUGAAGCAAAAGUACUAACAAAAAAAGCACAAUGAUGAAGUGUCGUUGAAAAAUGAAGAAAAAAGGGAAUACAGGUAGAAAUUUCACUCAAUAUAUUUUUAAGAUGUAUGUCUGCCAAACAGCAACAUAUGGGUAAAGUUUUAUUUCCUGAGGGCAGAUGUACAGAAUCCAACACUUAAAUCAUUUUGUGAAACUUACUUAUUUCGCUCAAUGUCAAGUUUACAAACCUAAGUUUCUAAUUUGGUAAAUGACAAAUAUCUGCAUCACCAACUAAAAACCAUUUAGGAAGAGAUGGGGAGAAGCUACAAAAGUUUGAUGACUGUUUGUUUGCUUUUGGAAUGGACAACAUACUCAAUGCACUUUUAUCAAGGUACUAUUACUUUUUAAAAGGUAAACACCAAAACCUUGAACUGAAUGUUAUAGAAAUGUUCUCAUAUUUUGUUUGGCCUCAUCAUGAAUUUUAACAUCAAUAAACACAGCCCCACUAACUUAAAAAUAAUGUUUUUUAUUGCAUGUAAAUUUAUCAAUUUUACCCACUAACCUAAGUGUUUUGUUAUAUGUAAAUUUAUCAAUUUUAAUUAAGUCAGAAUGUUUCUGACCAGAAUUCUAACAAUUUUAUCACAGAACCUAUUAUGAAAGGAUAAAUUGCCAGAAGUACAAAAAUGUUAUUUGUUUGUAGUACACUGAGUCCAUAAAUUUAUCCCCUCUUCUAAAUAAGAAGCAUUAAGGACUCUAUUCCACAUCAAAUGUUUCUGAACAAUCAGCUAUGAAACAUCCUCCAGCUUUUGCUUAAUUAUUAUUUUUCACUUAAUUACUCAAUAUAAUUGAAGAGUUACCAGUAUUACUACAAAAAAAGACAUAAAAAAAAUCACAGCAGUGAUGAGAGACAGAGGGACUAUCAGCGUAAACUAAUUCCCUCUGAUUUAUGCCACAGAAGAAAUGGGGGGAAUGUAUGUUUGUGAGCACUAAGGUACAGGUUUGUAACAGGAAUAAAACCAACACCCUGAUGAUAUUUGAAAAUAUAAUAGUAUAGUAUUAUUGGGUUUAAAACACUGACUUCUGAAAAACAAAAUCCUUAAAAAUAUUUAAGUACUUAUUCUUAGGUAUCAAUUUAAAACCAUUUCUAUAUUCCUCAUGAUUGACUUGAAAGAUAAUGAUAAUGAUGAUCUGAGACCCCAGAGGGGAUUAAACCAAAGUA